AUGCCAGAUACUGAACAGCGGUCUGCCAUUGUGGAGUGUACCCCGGACAGCUUCAAAAACGACGCCCUGCCUCGCGAGCCAUCGAGCUCAGCACGUCGCUGGUGGCACUGGCACGAGCCGGGGACGACCAAGGAGGAGAAGUGGCUUAUCUUCAAGCUGGACUUUUUUAUCCUGCUUUAUUCCUGCUUGACAUUUUUCAUCAAAUAUCUGGACCAAACAAAUGUCACCAACGCCUACGUCUCCGGAAUGAAAGAAGACCUUAACAUGAAGGGAAACGAACUGAACUGGUGCACCACGUACUUCAACAUUGGCAUCAUGAUCGGAGGCCCCUUUAUCACAAUGGCCUUGACAGUUGUGAAACCCGGCUAUCUGCUACCAGGCAGCACCAUUGUUUGGUCGUUCUUCGUCUUGUUCAUGUACAAGGUACAGGACGCAAAGACUUUAUAUGUUCUUCGGUUCUUUGCUGGGUUAUUCGAGUCUGGCGCUAUGCCCGGUGCUUUCUAUAUGAUUGGAAGCUGGUACCGCGUAUCAGAAAUCAGUCGCCGGUCCGCACUCUACUGGUUUGCCUCGAUAGGAGGAGGAAUGUUCUCCGGGUACAUCCAGUCUGGCCUACAUAGCAAUAUGAACGGCAGGCUCGGCCUGACGUCAUGGCGCUGGGUGUUUAUCUUCGACUUCAUCAUAGGUAUCCCGAUCGCCAUAUUUGGACUUUUAUGUUGUCCUGAUGAACCACAACGAAAUCGCCCCUGGUGGAUGACCGAGCGCGAACAAACCCUCUGUAUCCAGCGCAUAGCAGAAGAGAACCGCGAUGCCACGAAGCAGGAGUGGAAUCUCAAGACGCUCAAGCGGAUUUUGACCUCGUGGCAGCUCUAUGGGUUCUGUAUUGCGUGGGGGGUCAUGGAAUGCACAUGCGGAGUAAACCUCCAACGCUGGAUGACUCUAUACCUAAAGUCCCUUACCACACCCGACGGGCGCCCGCUCUAUUCCAUCGAGAAAAUCAACGAUCUCCCCACCGUAAUAGGCUGUGUGGAACUAAUCUGGCUCCUACUCAGCUCCAGCCUAGCAGACUUCCUGCAACUGCGCGCUCCCAUAAUCGCCGUCCUGGCAUUAAUCCAGCUAUUCGGGUACAUCGUCUUCUAUCUCUGGCCGGGACAGAACAGUGCGUUCAUGAUGGCGGUGUACUACAUAACCAGUGCAUACGGUGCCAUUUAUCCCUUGAUCAGUGCGUGGCUGAAUUCGAGUUGUGGGGGGGAUAGGGAGUUAAGGGCGUUGACGACGUCGCUUAUGAUUUCGAUUGGGUAUGCCGUCGAGACUGUGUCGCAGCAGUUUAUGUUCCCUACAUCCGAUGCGCCUAGGUUUGGGCGUACGCGAGGCUAUGCAUUUGGAAUUGGCUGGGUGGUUGCUAUGGUUGUCUGGUGCGGGCUUGUAGUACCCCUGGUGGAAAGGCGAUUCCGCAAGCUUAGACCGGAAUAUUGA